AUGGAAAAAUCAGAAAGCGAGACGAAACAGUCUCACAAACGUAAGAGAGUGAAACUAGAAUGUCUUGUAUGUCAUAGACAGUUUGAUGACAACUAUCGAACUACACACAACAAAACAUUUCAUACUGCCAUGUUAAAAACAAAGUAAUAACGUACAAAGUUGCCAAAUGCUCCUCAAAAUCCAUUUGAAGCUGCCAAAAAAGCGCAUUUUAAUGAUUUUAUGUGUAACAGCAAACCAUCAAGUAGUACUUUGCCAUCUUCUAGUGAUACCAGCCCUCCCUCUGUAAUCCCAAUUCAUAAUGAGCAUGGUGAAACAUCAGGUGCAUUGCCAAUUCCGUCAGAAAAACUAAACACCAUCCCAGACACAACCAUAGCUGCGGCCACUGCACUUUUCCCAAUAAUGUUGCUAAACGAAAGCGAACCAGAUUCACUGGCAGAUUCAGGUGAUGUAAUAUCAGAAGGCAAGCUUGAAUGAAGGUGUACAUCUGCGUUACUUGAACCAGAUGUAAAUUUAUCCAGUGCCAGUUUUACCGUGUGCACUUCUUCUGAAAGUGAAAAUGAAAGUGAUGCAGAGUCUUCAUCAGAGAACAACGAUCACAAUUGGUUGACUUGUGCUGGCGAAUUAUCAUACCUGGUUGAAGAUCUCAAGAGGGCAUCAGAAUUAGUGGAUGAAGUAAAAAGUGAUACUUGUCCUGUGAUAGAAACUUUCUUGACCAAUGCUGAGGAACUAACACAACAAAUUUGUAAGAAUUCCAAUAAAAUCAGGAAAAUGAGCAGCGCUUUGUUGAAGGAAAUGGAAGAAAAAAAGAGAGCUGCAGCGCCAAAUGAUGAAGAAAUUGUCAUGUCAGUACCAAGCCAUGAUCCUGGUGACAGAUACAAAGUAAAUUCACUCACUGAAAAGAAGUACAUCAUAAAAUUGGGACCACACCAGCCUAAGUUAUCUGUUUUCCCACAGCAUGAAGAUAUCCCCCAACGAAAACAAUGUCGGUUUUCUAGUGUAUGGUACGCAUCAUUUCCACAUCUCGAGUACAGUAUUUCAAAAGAUGCAGCAUUUUGCUACGUAUGUUCAUUAUUUCCAUCCGGACCUGGCAGGGAGCAUGCCGAUACAGCAUGGUAUGCGACAAUGGCACAAAAUGACCAGUCGAUGAACCAAGAAGAAGGGAAAACUUGCUGA